CAUCGCUGGCUGGCUAUAAUCGAUUUGAAUUGAUUUUGUUUUCACAUCAAAAAAAAAAAAAUGAGACCAUCAACGUAUCCUUUACGAUUAUUUCGAUCAAUUAUCGAUACAAAUCGUACAUCGACAAUGUUAAUGAUUCAAUCAACAAGAUCAUUAUAUGAACAAACACGAAGUGGAUCCGUUGAUUUUGAGAAUAAAAAACGUGCUCAAAUGAAUGAAACACAACGUUUAAAAGAAACAACAAAAAUGAUGAAAAAAGAUCUAAAAUGGGCAUGGCAAAUAUUCAAGGAUGCAACAUUUAAUGCAUUUCGUGCAGAUGUUGGUACCGUAGCAUUUGAUGAUAAUCAAUUGAUAAAAAUUUGGGAUUUCAAUCAACGUAAUAAUGAAAAAUUAUCUAGCUAUUCAUUGGAAUUUAAAAGUGAUAAAUUGAAUGAUAUGAACAAUUGGCUUGUAACUUGUGAUGCUGAUUAUGAUGUUGGCUUUUCCAAAUGUUCAUGGACUGUAUCACCAUCUGGUCAUGCUUUAUUCUCCGGAUAUCUGGACACCACUGUACCAAAAGAUGGUAAAACUGUUCGUACUGGUUAUGCAUUUUUAUCCAGUCAAAAAAGUCGUCAUCCAUUCAAUCUACCUACAGAUGGAAUGAAUAUUUUUGAACAAUUUACACACGUUAUUCUUCGAGUACGUGGUGAUGGCCGUAUGUAUCAGAUAUCAUUCGAUACAGCCGAUGUAUUUGAUAUUACUUGGUUUGAUCGAUAUAAUUUUAUGAUGUAUACAUUUGGUGGUCCUUAUUGGCAAUAUGUUAAAAUACCGUUAUCACGUUUCUAUUUCCAUUAUCAAGGUUUUAUUCAAGAUGAACAAUAUCAAUUUAAUCCAAAUACAAUCCGUUCGAUGGGUAUAAUGGUACAUUCACCUUCAUAUUCUGGUCCAUUUCGUUUAGAAAUUGAUUACAUUGGUUUUGUUAAUGAUUGUCAACAUAAUGAUCUUAUUGAAUAUGAAGGUUAUUAUCAUGAAUCAAGUCAAUUGAAAUCGACUUGAUUUAUUUAUUAUUUUACAAUGUUGAUGUGUUGAUAUUAUUUAGUGUAAAUAUAAAUAUUUUUCAAUCAAUCAAA